CCUUUUCUUUUCUUUUCUUUUUAUUUGAAAAAAAAAAAACUUCUUUAACUUCCAAGAUUGUUCAAUGGCUAUUAGCAAGAAAUCGAGCAAGAUCGCUCAGGCUGCUGUCCUGAAGCAGAUACUGAAGAGGUGCUCGAGCCUCGGUAGGAACAAUGUCGGGCCCGAGCUGCCUCUUGAUGUGCCUAAAGGGCACUUUGCGGUUUAUGUUGGCGAGAAGAGGAGUAGAUUUAUCGUGCCCAUUUCUUUUCUUAACCAUCCUGAGUUCCAAAUUCUGUUGAGGCAAGCCGAGGAGGAGUUUGGGUUCGAUCAUGAUAUGGGAUUGACUAUUCCUUGUGAGGAGGUCGUCUUCAGAUCUCUCACCUCCAUGCUCAGAUGAAGUUGUUUCCUUUUUUUUUUCAUUUUUUUUUAUUUUUAUUUUUUAAGAAAGAGGAGGCAAGGGGGAGAGAGUGAUGAAGGAUUAAGUGUUCCCAGCUUUGGCUGUGGUUUGUUUUUUAUUUUUCCUUCAGCGUCGGUGGGUUGUUGGAGUUUUCUCCUCUUCUUGUUGGAUGUUGGGUAGUGGGGAUUUUGACCCAGAACCCGUUAAUUGAGGGGGUACGGGUUUGUGGGUUUGGAGUUGUAUAUAAUUUCGAGCGGCGUGCGGGUCGCAGCCGCCCUGUGAGAACUAAUUUGGUUUCAUCAGUGAAAGGGGGAUUUGUUCUUUUUGUUCCUUCAUUUCUAAUGAAUGUUUGUUCUCUCUGCUUCAA